UAUAAUAAAAAAAGACUUAAAAUGCUGUUUAGCGUCUUCAAAAAGUAAUUGCUGUUAUGUACUUCUCAUAUUAAAUUAUAUAUGACAUGUUGUGGCCUUUUCUUAGAAAUGUUUGCUAUAAUUAUGGCAUUAUCCCCGGAAAGGAAAAGCUUCUACUUUGGUAAUCGCUGGCUUGGGACAUGAAAUUCGCGUUUUGCAUCGAAUGCGACGGUCAGAUCCAGUUCAGUGACAGUUAUUCUUUGGUUCUAGGGAGCUUUCUGUUUGGAAACCUGGACACGUGGACCGAAAACCCGUGUACUGACGAGGACGAUCCUAGGUACGACACAGCAGCAGUUCUGAGUAGCUUGACGGCCGACGCUGUCGCAUCCUGCACGGCUCCAGCUACCAGACACGAUCUGGAGGAACUGCGAAUCCAAGCUACGGUCCGUUGCAAUGCUCCGGCCCUCAAGCCCUGCAGACCCUUACAGCAGCCCUGCGUCUUCGACGUCCUGUCAGAUCCUUGCGAGAGGCAAAACCUAUACCAGAAGAAUAGUGACACGCUGAAGCUUCUGGAGAUGACAAUGGCAGCCUAUAGGCGCACUGCGGUGAAGCCUAACAACAGGCGUUCUGACAAAUUUGCUGACCCAAAGUAUUGGAAUAACACGUGGACCUACUGGCAGGAUCUCCCAUUUCCUUUGAUCACAAAAGGACACGGAAAAUAACAUAGCAUUAUGCAAAAACUAGUUUUAAGUUUGUGUCUAAUUUCCCACAGCCAUUUUGUUCAGUAAUGGCGUAAAAUAUCUGACAUAUUCACAAGUAUUUUUUUAAAAGUAUGUGUGGACAUCCAUGUAUGUAUAUUUGUAUGUGUAUGUAUUUAUGUAUGUGCAUGCAUGUGUAUAUGCUAAUCUAAACUGUGUGCAAUUUCAGAUAGUCAACUUGUGACAAAGGUUCAGUCGACAUAAGUUCGGAUAUUUAUAAAUAAAAAGGUUUCUUCUUCUGUAUGAAUUUAGCAUCAGGACUACUGGACGAAACUUGAUUAAAUUUGAUAGGCGGCGUUUACAACAAGAUAACUGAAUUAAUUUCUUUUCAGUUCAUAUCGUGCCAACAUUACCUAUUAAUUUAAAAUAAGUUCAAAUACGACUUCACCUGAUUUUCCCAGAACGGUCCAUCCUAUAACAACAUUCGCUAUAUUAAACAUGAAUAUCAACAAGAUUACGUUUUAAGCACAGCUUCGUUAAUAGUUGAAGUGAGACUCAUGUGAAUUAGGAGUUAGAUCGAACUUAGAUCAAUUCUAAAGCUUUUACUGCAAACCGCCAACACAAAAUCUAAACCGAAAUGCGUUCAAUAGUUUUCAAAUUGACACGCAAAUAUUGCGGCAACCUUUUACGAAAGAGUUUCCGGGACCCCCGUGCAUGUGACUUAUUAAGCCCCCUGUAACGUCUGGACACCUGCGUGUGUACUGUAAGUUGAAUAACGGACAGUUUUAAUGUUUACGCACUCAUCAGAUGAUACGGAGAUCGAGGUGAAUACUCUAAAUCCAUAUCAAACACUGUAUCUGAUAAGACAUAAGUGUGCAUUUAACUAAUUAGCGCAGUGACUU